AUGGAGGGUCACCCGUCGAAGAGGUCAAGUCCUUCGGAACCGCCUCGGAGCAGGAAACGAGCCAAGUACACCCAGCUGGCCUGCAACGAAUGCAAGCGUCGGAAAUUAAAAUGUGACGGGAAACCUGUCUGCUCGCGGUGUACCGCCCAGAAUGUCCAAUGCAUCUACACUCCGAGCAGUCACGCCUCGGCCAAUACCCCUGCAACGCCACUGGGCGAAGGCCGCGAAGAUGGUGGAUUCUCGAAUAAGUUUAGAACGGUUGACCAGCAGAUUGAGGCGCUGCACCGCGAGAUGAGAGUCAUGUCGGCGCGCAUGCGUGAGCUGGAGUCCGUAUCUGCAGGUACGCCGAGCGCUACUAACAAUACUUCCAUCUCGUCGUCGUCGGUUAGUGCGGGCUUACAGCGCAUCAUGAACCGGCCGGUUUCGCCGGAUUAUAUCGGCCCAACGAGUGCGGAGUUUGGAAUUACGCCACGGCGGAGGCCAGUUGAUGAAAGCGAUGGCGAGGAAUUGGAGUCGGAGUCAACGACUGCUCCGAGCCCGGCUGCUGUGUCGGAUGUUGAGGCCAUGUCGAAUGACCCUCUUGGAUGUCUGGGCAAGGAGGAGGCACUGAGGCUGGUGACGGUGUACGAGAAUAACGUGGGCUUAAUGUACCCGUGUAUCGACCUUGAUAGCGUGCGGAGCUAUGUCAAUGAUUAUUUUAAGGAUGGACCGACGCCACCUGGGAUGACGGAUCAGGAUUGGUUCUUUGCUAGAGAUGCAGAGGUGCUCAAGAUACUGCUGGCUACGGCGUUGCUGACCGAGUCUCAUGGACGGAGUGAGCGAGCUGCAUUGCUGGCGGACAGUGUGGAGGAUCGGUUCGCCACGCGCCUCAAGAUUCCGGAAGUGGACAUGAAGGAAUUGCUUAUCCUAACCUUGCUGUCUAUAUUCCACUCAUAUCGUGACGACGAAGUCAUAGCCUGGCGAAUAAUCGGCUUGGCUGUUCGAGGAUCCUUGCAACUAGGGCUUCAUAGACAAGAAACCUGGCUACGAACAGGCGGAGUAUUUCCCGGUGAGCUCCAAUGGACCUUUGCCACACGACUAUUCUGGUGUAUAUAUGUCCUGGACCGUAAAUGGUCUUUUGGGACCGGCCUCCCAUUCGCAAUCCAGGAUUCAGAUAUGGACACAAACCUUCCCGAGCCAGGCGCUGCAACGCCAUACUUGACAUGCAUGAUAAACUAUGCCCGGCUCAGCACCAAAAUUUGGGGCCUUGUCAUGGGAUGGAGGAGUCGGCCCAAGGCUGCAACAUCCGACUACUGCUCUUACCUAGACUUCCAAGUCCAGCAAUGGAUCCAGUCUAUCCCGCGUGAACUACGCCUCGAACAGGGCCCUUUGCCGGGUGGAACACGCUCUGAGAACUUAGACACAGACCCAGACUCAACCGGCGGCAUAAAAAUGCUCCAGGUACUCCUCGCGCUGCAAGCAAACCAACUCCGCAUCCUCGUCUACCGCCAGAACCUCCUCAGCAGCGAAAGCAUCGAGUCCAACAUCGCUGGCGCCUCAACAGCAGUCGAAACCGCCAAAUCAACAGUACACAUGCUCGGUUACUUCUCUCGCGUUUCCGACAUCUACUUCCAGCGCCCCGAACCAUUCAACUACUUUCUUAUCUCCGCGCUGGCCGCCCUCUUCCUUGCUGUCCUCCAUGCCCCAGGCCGAUUCAGUCAGGUCUGCAGGCCUGAGUUCUAUGCGGCAGUGGAUAUGGUCCGCCGCUCCUCAACGAGAGCACCUACCUCUCGCAGAUUGCAGAAGAUCAUCCGGAGCUUGAAGCUCAUCCGCUUGAAUCUAGACAGCAGGUCACAGUCGCCGAACAGAAGACAGCAACAAAAACAACAGCAGACACCCUCCCACGCACCGGGCUCUGUCUCUCACAUUGGCGGGGGAACUGGACUUGGACACACCCAUGAGCCGAAUUCUCGAACUAGCAUGGCCGGUAUACCCACGCCCUCCAUGCACACCUCUCCAUCUUCUAUACCUGCAUCCCACCACGGUCGCCACCUACACAAUCAACCAAGAAACACACACUACAGCUCCGGUCUUCUUACACCGCAGCCCUCGGCGUCUAUAUGGCCCACUUCACCUGAGACAGCCACCUGGGUCGACGAGAAUAGUUGUGAAGACCUGACGAGUUUCUUUGAGAUGGCUGGUGGGCUGUAUUUCGAUCCAAGAGUGGAUCCAGGCCUUGAAAAUGGAACCGGGAGUGACUUACCCUCGCAGAGCGGGGUUACUGAUGCCCUUGGGGUGUUUGAGGCUGAGGAAGAAGCGUUGACGAGGGUUAUGGCUGGUCUAUUGUAG